AUGUCAUCAACCCCCGACAUGAAUCCUACCGAAGGCAGCCUACAGCAGCAAUCGGCCUCUUCGCAGCAAUUGAAUCGUUCGUGUGAAUCAUGUAGAGGUCUUAAAGUUCGCUGUAUCCUUGAUCCGACUCUGCCGACCCAAUGCCAGCGAUGUGCGAAGGCUGGUCGGGCUUGUAUCUUCGUGGCGCCUCAGAAAAGGCGGCCGAGAAAGCGCACCGACUCAAGAGUGGCUCAAUUGGAGAGGGAAAUGCGGCAAAUGCGCUCUCUUUUGAAGGAUCGUUUCCGUGUGGAUGAAAGCGAUGCGGAAAGUACGGACAGCGAGAAGGAAGAAUCACCGGAACCUGACGAGCUCGGUAUCGAAUCGAAAGAACGGCUGUUCUCAAUCCCAGAGGCUCCUAGCAGCGUAUCGGCAUCAACCAGACAUACAGACCAGCCCGGUGUCCCACUUUCUUCAUAUGCCAACACUGUCGAAAGCAGCUCUGUUUCUGUCCCAUCAUUCAACCCCAUCAGCACCGCGUUCUCCCCUGAAAUGCCAUUGGGUGACGACGUGAUCGACAGGGGUUUGAUACCUUUGGAAUAUGCCAAUGAAUUGGUUGCUUUCUUUAUCAGUGAAUUAAUGGCCUUCGCGCCCGUCAUUGUGUUGCCUCCUGGAACCUCAGCUGCGCAGUUGCGUCGUUCGAAGCCUGUGCUAUUUCUUUCUAUUAUCGCUGCUGCGGCUAUUGCCGUCGAUGCAAGCAUCGCGACCGUUCUGAAUCAAGAAAUGGUUCGACUCUACGCCGAGCGAUUCUUUGUCCACGGCGACAAGUCAUUAGAGCUCGUUCAGGCAUUGGUGCUAAUGACAGUCUUCUACUUUCCUCCCAACUCUCCGUUGAAAUUGCAGCACUACCAAUACACACAUGUCGCUGCUACUAUGGCCUUAGAAAUUGGGUUAGCCUCAAAGCGCAGGGUAUCCCGGGUAGCAAGUGGCAAUAAAGACAAGCAGAUUCCGUUUGACGAGCAGAUGGCAGAACAAGCAAGAGCCAUUUUGGAAUGUUACCAUCUGGCAUCUACUGUUGCAAUGAAGACUCGCCGACCCAAUCUGCUCUUAUUCAACGAUUGGAUGGGUGAAUGCGUCAAACACUUGGAAAAUUCACCACACGCCAUUGACCGACAUAUGGCUACUUGGUUUGAGCUCCAGAGGAUCGUUGACGAAGCGAUGGCCUCCUUCGGCCUUGACGACACAAGUUCCACCACGCCGUUGACAGAAACUCGCGUACAAGCCGUGUUGAGGUGGUUCGAUAGUCGAAUGCAAAGUUGGAAGAAGAAAAUCCCGGUAGACAUGCUUACAGUUCCCAUGAGCUUCGAGUAUCAUUUCACCAAUCUUGCCGUAUAUGAGCUGGCCAUCGGGGAAGGGUACCGGGACCCUGAUGCGAUCAAACAGCAGUAUUAUACGCUUCCUGCGCCCGAAGAUCACCGUCAAGCUGAGCGCGCCUCCCCUCCGCUGAGUGCAAUUCGCGUUGACAUCACCAUAAAAUGGAUGCAUGCAGCUCAAGAGAUGCUCGAUUACUUUCUCGGCUGCGACACGGAGCUCAUGCGUAAACUUCCCAACAUGAUAUAUUCACGUGUUGGAGUUGCGAUGAUGUCUCUUCUGAAGAUAUAUUUCUCCGUAAUAAGCGGCGCCUUGGGAGAAUUCGUGUCUCCUCAGACCGUCAAGGUUGAGCUGUACCUGGAUGCAAUGACCAGACGACUGACUGAGGCGAGCGGUGGCCAGAAGUACAAAAUACCUAGCCGAUGGUAUUAUGUGCUUGCUAUCAAAGCCCGAGGCUGGUAUGACAGGCUGCAGCAGCGGCAAGCGCAAGCAGAGGGCAAUUUUGCGCCCCAUAUGGAUGUCAGUCAACCAAUGUCUCAGAUUCAUUUAACCGUCCAGGCCCACCAGCCUUUUGGUCCUCACGACCCGCAUGGCUCUGCAGAGGCUCUCGCUAUGACUGCCGGUGUUCCUCAAGCGUCGACAUAUUCCACUAUGGGUAGUGGCUAUGCAGUUCCCAUUGUCAUGAACCAGAUGUGGCAAAUGGACCAAACCCGUUCGGCAGCGCCUGUUCACUACCAAUAUUCGGAAUAUCAGCCACCGACCAUACCAUCUCAGUACGGAUAUGAACCUCAGCACCGAGGGGUGCCUUCGGACCACAGCCAGAGCCAGUCUCCGCUAUCUCGUAGGACUGGGAUGGAAUUGGAUGGAUGGCUUCCAGAUGGGAGCAUAUUUGGCGCACCGACUUUACCAGGGUUUUGA